AUGCAGGCAACGCCCUGCAUGCAAUCGACCAGAUACUCGGCAUCUCUUCCUGCUUUCGUACGGGCGCCCAAAAGUUUGAGUUCUUUCUCUCUCACUGUAUUAUUCUGCUUCCUCAGCUCUUUCCAUCUUCUUGGUCUUUGUUUUCUCUUCCUGCCUCAUUCCCUGAUUUGGACUUG